AAGCUUGACUGUCUGAUACAAUUUCUCUUCCCAUUGUUGUUUCAAAGCUCGUUUUUUCUUUCGACUAAAGUUGUUUCCUUUUUAACUCAUUUUCACUAAACCUUCUCUGUUUUGUAGGGAGCUUGCGCCAUUUUAGGGUUUGUGUGCAUCUGUGUCUCUCUUUCUCAAGUUAGAGGCUUUGGUUGAGAUUUGGCUUGGAGGGUUUGUUCGGUUCUCUUCCCAGUUAGUUUUUUCCCCAUUUUUGGAAAACUCUUCCGUGGGUUUGAAGAAAGUGUUGGCGAUGGAGGAGAUCAAGGAGGAAAACGUGUUGAACGAGUUUAGAGUGAGGGGUGAGGGUCUUCGUAACGCGGUGGACAAGUUAGACGCUCAUGCUUCCGACAUACUUGUCUUCAAUCUGCAGUGGAAGAAAGCCAUGAAUGAGUAUUUGGAAUCAGUCCAAGGUAAAUUAAAGGUGAGGUUCAGGGAGUUAGAGGCCAAGGAGGUUGAGUUGAAAGAUCGAAGCUUUGCACUUGAGGAAAGGGCUAAAGUGGUUGAGGAAGCUGAAGCUAAGCUUGGUGAUUUGGAGGUGGAAUCUGAUGGAUUUCGGAUGGAUGUUGAAGCAAAGAAGAAAGAACUUGACUUUAUUAGGAAUCAGGUGGAGAUCUCUCUAGGCGAGUCUAUUGGAGAGAAAUCGAGACUGUCUCAGCUUAGGACAUUGGUGGAAAAGUGUGAGGCAGAGAGAACGUUAAAGGCAAGUGAGCUUAGUGAGAUGGUGGAAUCUUGGAGAAAGACUCAUGCUGAGCUUGGUUUGAAAAGUGAAGAGCUAGCAAAGAUGGAGACUGAUCUUGAGAAAUGCCGUGGUGAUGUCACCGCAGAGAUGGAGGUUUUGAGUAGAACUCAAACACACAGGAGACAGUUGGAUGAGGAAGUUGAGAGGAAGACGAAAGAUCUCACAUUGGUUCAGGACAAGCUUGCGGAAUGUGAGAAGCUGAUUGAGACAAGCUCCUCAGAGCUGUUUAAGACUCAGGAUGAGCUUGAAUGCAAGCGAGAACAGUUAGGGAAGAUGGAAGUUGAUCUUGAGAGGCAUCGUGUUAAGGCUAGCGCAGAGAUGGAGAGUUUGCGUGGAACUCAAACUCAUAUGAGACAGUUGGUUGAGGAAGUUGAGAGGAAGACAAAAGAUCUCACGUUGGUUCAGACCAAGCUUGUGGAAUGUGAGAAGCUGUUGGAGGUAAGCUCCUCGGAACUGAUAAAGACUCAGGGUGAGCUUGAAUGCAAGCAAGAACAGUUAGGGAAGAUGGAAGUUGAUCUUGAGAGGCAUCGUGUUAAGGCCAGCGCAGAGAUGGAGAGUUUGUGUGGAACUCAAACUCAUAUGAGACAGUUGGUUGAGGAAGUUGAGAGGAAGACAAAAGAUCUCACGUUGGUUCAGACCAAGCUUGUGGAAUGUGAGAAGGUGUUGGAGGUAAGACUGUCUCGGCUUAGGGCAUUGGUGGAAGAGUGUGAGGCAGAGCAAGUGUUAAAGGCAAGUGAGCUUAGUGAGAUGGUGGAAUCGUGGAGAAAAACUCACGUUGAGCUUGGUCUGAAAGGUGAAGAGCUAGCAAAAAUGGAGACUGAUCUUGAGAAAUGCCGUGAUGAUGUCAGCGCAGAAAUGGAGGUUUUGAGUAGAACUCAAACACACAGUAGACAGUUGGAUGAGGAAGUUGAGAGGAAGACAAAAGAUCUCACAUUGGUUCAGAACAAGCUUGCGGAAUGUGAGAAGCUGUUGGAGGCAAGCUCCUCAGAGCUGUGUAAGACUCAGGACGAGCUUGAAUGCAAGCGAGAACAAUUAGGACAGAUUGAAGCUGAACUUGCAAGGCAUCGCGUAAAGGUCAUCACAGAGAAGGAUCAUUGGGAAAGGACGCGAUCUCACAGUAGAGAACUGGAAGAGGAGAUAUCAAGAAAGAAGAAGGAUCUUACAGCGGUCCUUGAUAAAAUUGCGGACAGUGGGACGCAGCUUGAAUCAGUGAUAAAACAACUAGAUUCCAAACAGAAGCUGCUUGAGACACAGUCGUCUGAACUUGUCUCUAAAGAGAAAGAGUUGGAAGCACUUAGGAUGGACAUUGGCUUGAAAGAACAGAAGGUCAUGUCCCUAGAUAAUGACAUGAAGAAGACUUGCCAACGGUUGGAAUCAAAAGCCAAGGAGUUGGAGAAUGUUAAAACGCUGAUUGAGGAACACAGUGAAGAACUUGUUUCUAUGGUGAAGCAACGUGAUGGGAUAACAGAUGAUAUUCGUAAGUUAUCCUUGGAGAUUGUCUUUAAAGAAAAGACACUGGAAAGAGCUGACGUUUUUAUCCAGAAGCUCUCUGAGAAACAAGAUUCAGCAGAGAACGAACUGGAUGCGACAGAGAAGAAACUGGAUUUGACUAGAGAACAUCUAAAAAGAUGCAUUGAUAAGUAUGAGUCAAAGGAAAAAGACCUUAGCUCUGUGAAGGAUAGAUAUAGAGAGUGUCUGGAAGAUCUGGAUGUCAAAGAGAAGGAGUUGAAGUCUGUAGAAUCAAUACUCACUGAGAGAAAUAAACAAGUUGAGGAAGGAGAGAAGAAAAUGCAAAAUUUGAAUAGCUCCAGCGAGGAACUUAUGGGACAGCUCAAGUUGAAACAAGAAGAGGUUUGUUCAAUCGACAAGAGGGUUAUGGAAUGCUCAGGUGAGUUGAAGGCUAAGAUGAAGCACCGUGAUCAGGUUCAAAGCUCACUUACUGAUCUUAUUACUGAGCUUAACUCUGUCAAGCAAAAGAUGCAAGACUGCUUAAAAGACUUACAAUCUAAAGAGGUGGAAUUGAAAGAUAAAAGCUUUGCACUUGAGGAAAGAGCUAAAAAGGUUGAAGAAGCUGAAGCUCAGCUUGUUGAUUUAGAGGUGGAAGUUGAUGCAAAGAGGAAAGAACUAAACUUCAGUAGGAACCAGGUGGAGGUUUCUCGAGGUGAGUCCAAUGUAGAGGAAGCGAGACUGUCUGAGCUCAGGGUAUCUGUGGAAGAGUGUGAGGAAGAGAAAAUAUUAAAAGAAAGAGAGCUUAGUGAGAUGGUGGAAACGUGGAGACAGACUCAGCUUGAGAUUGAUUCUAAAGAUGAACAGUUAGGACAUAUUAAGACUGAGCUGGAGAGAUAUCAUGCUCAGGUCAGCGCAGAGAUGGAGAGUCUGAGGAAGUUGGAUGAGGAAGCUGAGAGGAAAUCAAAAGAUCUCAUGUUGGUUCAAGACAGGAUUGCGGAAUGUGAGAAGAUGUUUGAGACACGGUCAUCUGAACUCCUCUCCAAAGAGAAAAAGUUGGAAGUGCUUAGUCAGAAAAUUGAGUUGAGGGAACGGACGGUCAUGUCCGUGAAUAACGACAUGAAGGAGGCUUGCCAACGAAUGGAGACAAAAGACAAGGAGUUGGAGAAGAUUCAAAAGCUAAUUGAGGAAAGAAGUGCACAAUGUGAAUCACUCAAGUUGUUGAUUGAGAAACACAAUGAACAACUUGCUUCAGCUAGGAUUGCGCCUGCUCUACCACCUGUCAACAGUGUGCUAUCACUGGAUGUUAAGCUUGAAGAACCAAUCAGCAAUAGUGUGGCUUCUCGCUGCUCCCUGGAUGUUCAACAAGACAUAACAUCAUCUCAUUUGCCUAAUGAAGAUGCUCCUCUCAGGGACAUAGAGGACUCAACUUCUUUAUCGCUGGAUGAAGUCUUUACUGAACUUCGAAUGCUUAAAGACCCAGGCAAGUUUGUUCUAACUUCUGUCGAGCAAGCACUCACGGAUGCUAGCGAGAGAGGGGAGUUGAGUUUAAAAGAGCCUAUGCUAAUGCCUUUGGUUCACCUUUUGGAGGAGUUGGUACGUGUUGGUAUCUCUACUGAUCCUGAUCUACAGUCUGAUGCAACCAAAGUGAAACAUCGAUGGGUGGAGAUGAUGGGAGGUAGUGUUGAAAAGUCACAGCUCGAGGCUUGGGCUUAUCUGCAGUUCAUUGUGGCGUUUGGAUUGGUGAAACAAACUCAAGAAGAUCAUACUCUACAGCUUGCCUCGGAUGUUGCUCACUUCAGACACGCUCCAAAGCUUUUUGAAUCUCUUGGUCUCUCUCAUGCCAUCCCAAAUUUUGUCACGGAGCUCUUUGGCAAAGGUUUAUAUAUUCCGGCAAUCCGGUUAAUGUUCGCCUUCAACGUGAAGAACAACUUUUCUCCACUGGAGUUGUUGAAGGCUGAAGAAGCUAACAUAGAUGCUGCUACAAUGAUGGACAUAAUGAAACUCAUUGAAGACUUCAAGCUGGAAAUUGACAUUCCUGCGGAUCUUAUCCUCAGAUUCAUGGUUCCUGCAUCAUCUGUUCCAGUUCAAUCAACUCAUAUGCAGGCUUCAGACACAGCCAUUCAAAGCUCAUGCACUGCCACUCGUGGCUCAAACCCUAGCCUUCCAACAAGCUUUGGUACGGAACCGUAUCAAGCUGGUGGUUCUUCAACUGCGUUGUUGCAAGGUCAACAACAUUCACACCACGCUGGUUCCAAACGUCCAAGGGUGGAUCCAAGACCAGUGAUUAGACCGUGCUCCAAUCCACCAUCAGGCUUUGGCAGAUUCUAG